GAUUCCUGGUUGCUGGCGAUGACUGAUGCAGUCUGCAGCAGACACCAUGGCGGACCCUGAACCCAUUCCAGCGCAUGUUGCUCGCGAAUCCACACCAUCAGAGCAGAAAGAUGAGGGGCACGCUCCGACGACUACCGACCCAGGGCAGGGAUCCCCAUCAGCAGGAGCAUCACCACCACCUACAGCCAUCCCCUCUCCCUCGCCUUCUCUCCUUCGUGCUCGGCGUCAGCUGCUGGCAGCCCUCCGAGCAACCGACACGACGAUCGAGCGUCUGGACAAACUCACGACCACCGCAGCGGGUACCGAGCGCGUCCUCGCAGUAACAGGGUACCUCUCCCACGCACUACACCACCUCCUGGCCUCGGCCCCAUGGCUCGCGCUCCAAACGCGCCUAAGCCUCCUCGCCCGCCUCCGCCGUCAUCGCCAGCACCAACACUCAUCCUCCCCACCUAAACCCCCUCCCACACCACCACCAACCACCCCAACAACAAAACCCAAACCCCCGCUCCUAGCCCUCUCCUCCCUAAUGUCCGAAACGCGGUUCACGCUCCGACUACUGGGCCUCCUCCCGCUCUGGACCUGGGGCGCCGCGACGCUGCGCUCGCCGCCCAAGGACCGGAUCCUGUACAUCCUGACCCUGCUGCAGGUGGUCGUGAACAUGAUCUACCAGGUCCUCGAGAACGGGAGCUAUCUCGCUGCGAAGGGGGUGGUGCCUCGUCGGUUUAUCGAGCGGUGGGGCGGGCUCGUGCAGUGGGAUCUGUGGAGUACGCGGGCGUGGUUCGGGCAUAUCUUUUUGCAGUUCUUUGUGCUGGCUAGGGAGAGGACUUUGAGGUUACGCAGGAGGGAGGAGCUUGCUUCUUCUUCUGGUGGGGGUUCUGGGAAGGGGGCCAAGGAUGCCAAAUUGAAGGAUGCGGAGGAUGAGGCGGAGGUUCGUGCGUGGAGGAAGAGCCUGGUUAAUAAUGUUUGCUGGGCGCCGCUCUGUUUGCACUGGUGCUUUGAGGAGGGGAUUGGGUUCCCCGAGCAUUUGACCGGGUUGGUGAGUUUCAUGGCUGGGGCGUGGGAUUUUUGGGAUUCGUGGGGGAGGACUGGUUCUUCUGUUUGAGGUGGACCAGGAAGCUGAAGGGAAGGGGGGUCCGGGGGUUCUCCCCCGGAAUCACUUAUUCUUUGGUUAUAUACUUGAGUGCGGCUGGGAAACUGAAAGAAAGGGGGGUCCGGGGGUUCUCCCCCGGGACGCUUUAUUGCUGUACAUAGUUUAGAUGUGCUGGUUAUGAGAUUUGGCUUUGGGUCUGGAGGAUUUGUGCGUGCUACGAAGAUUAGAGGGUGGUUCGUGGGUACACGAUUGCUUUAGCUGUCUUGAUGCAUGCUUAGAUACAGGUUCAGACCAGAUC